AUGGCAAGAAAAUCAAGAAGGAGCACGAAGCAAGAGGCGAAGGCCGCACCUCUCGAUAACAAGUCACAUUUGGGUGAUUUAAUCGAACAGAGAAGGAAGAAAGCUCUGGAGGCAGGUAAUAAGGAAUCACUAUCGACAACUAUAGGGGAAAAUGAUAAACUAAGGCGACAAUUUACGCCUCUUUUGGAUAGAUUUGCUAUUAAACAAACAAGGAAAAUGGAGAUGCCCCAUUCCGUAAACUCAGUAGUAGCACAUUCGGCGUUAGAAAAGGAUAUACAGCAUACCAUAGCUAGUGAGGAUACUGUUGAGUCUGAGGAGAGACCAAUUUCAAAGAGGAAGCUCCGAAAAAUAUCUAAGCCAUCAUUGGCAAAAUUGAGAAGCUCUGUAUCCCAUCCCGAAGUUAUUGAAUGGUACGAUUGUGACGCAGUGUAUCCAUUCUUACUUGCGUCUAUUAAAUCCUCCAAGAACGUUGUUCAAGUUCCGUCGCACUGGCAACUGAAAAGGGAGUACCUAUCGGGUCGUUCUUUACUUGGGAAACAACCAUUCCAGCUGCCGGACAUAAUUAGACAGACAGAUAUUGAACAAAUGAGAAACACGCUUCCUGGUGAGGGAGAGAAUACUGAAACUGAAAAAUCACUGAAGGAAAUGUCUAGGGCUCAGGUUCAGCCGAAACUAAAGACCCUAGAUCUCGACUACCAGAAAUUACAUGACGUAUUUUUCAAAUUGGGUAGGAGUUGGAGACCAGACAUUUUGCUUCCCUUAGGUGAUCUGUAUUAUGAAAACAGACACUUACACGAUGAGUCUAAUUGGAGAAAGAUGGUACGAGCCAAAAAACCUGGUAAACUAAGUGCACACUUGAGAACAACCAUCGGACUACAAGGGGGACAGUUGCCGCCUUGGUGUUUAAGGAUGAAAAAAAUUGGCAUGCCACCAGACUAUCCAGAUAUGAAAGUCGCAGGAUUGAACUGGGGAAUUGAAAACUUGAGAGGUGAUGUAUAUGGUAAAGUGUAUGCUCAACAUAAGAAAACUAAAAGAACCAAAAAUUUAUUUGGGACAGUAUUAACAUUAGGAGAAGAUGAAUACUCUGCUGAAAGUAGUGACGAAGAAGUGGAAGAAAAGAAGGAACCUGAAUUUUCAGCAAUGCCAGCAAACAACGAAUUCAAUCCCGUUGAUGGAGAUAUUAAACUAACAGAAAUCGAAAUAAGUAGUAAACCACAGCAGUUUGAAAAGAUUGAAAAACCAUUAUACACUAUUCUUGAACAAAAAUCUACAGACGAUGUCUCAGCUCAUACGGGUUCUAAAAUAAAAUAUAUUCUGAAUGAACCAGAAAGCCGGUCAGGCUCUGAGGAAACGAACGAGAAGUUAGAAGACAAAGAGACGAUAAGGCCAAAUGAAAAUGAUGAGGAAGAUCUAAAGAAGUUCAAAUUUUAG